AUGGCGCAGGCAAUCUAUCCAACAGACAUCCUAUCCAUUCUGGACAAACAUCCGAAUGUCCCAGCUCAGUUUGUUCACGUCUUGCAUAUGAAUGAAUCCAUCGUUUCCGGUACUCCCAUCAAUAACGACAACCUCCGAAAAGCCGAGGCCACCGCGCAGUCACUUAGAAGUCUCCACCGCGAUCAUGCAGAGAUCUCGGAGGAGAUGGUCGAGACUGCCGUUAACCGUUCAACCAUGGUCCGCGCCACACAUGCCGAAAUACAGUUUGGACAAGGGAACGGUGCCGUCCUCGCUUUGUUGCAAGGCUUGACCCAAGCAGUAGCACAACUGAACACGACGGUCAGGCAGGUGAAGGUCAACGGUGACAGAGUGGCUGCCAUCGCGAUGAACUCGAGGAUCGUCUGGCGGAACCGUGACCGGCGACCUGACGAGCCCUACACAUGGCGUCAGAAGGAGGUUGCAGGCUCGGGCGCAGACUUAGUUGCUGCACUGUAUGGCGCCCGGAACCCUCUGACUGAGCAGAACGUUCAGGAAUUGGGUGCGGCGACCCUGGGCUCCGUUCCCGGCCCGCAGCAUACUUUGAACCUUCACGGGGCUUCUACUCAUCACGACAUUGCUCGAAUGAUACUUUUCUAUAACGAAAACUUUGGGAUCGUCGCGGCAGACACGAUAGACGUUCGCCGUGCCAGAUUGAUUUACUGGCUGGGUGGCCAUUGA